AUGCUGUCAGGCUCUCCGGGCAGCGCCUUUCAUUGCACUGGUGAAGUGACACGUGAGGAGAACGUGAAGUUCUUGAUGAGUGUCCCGCACCCAAAUAAUAACGUCGAACAGUUCCGGUUGAAGUUGAACGUCAGCGUUGCAGCGGAACACCCCCUGGGAUGGAAUGCCAGCACUUGCCAUGGCAAGCUGGAUGCACAGGCAGCUGUGCACUACAUGCAGGAUGUUGUUGAGCUCGACCGCCGAUCCCUGACGGAAACAAGAAACUGCUCAGUUUUUGUCAGAGAAUCAAACCUCUUUUGUGUCCGGCCUGCCGGUCGUAAGCAUCACACUUUGUCCAUGGCGGUGCAAGCCGAUCGUCGUGCAAGGGUGGAGGCAUAUGUGGAAGCACAACAGGGCAUGAGCGAAAACCUCACAAGCUUUUCUUUCGAUGUGCCCGGUGGCAUCGCCACUGCUGCCUAUCACUUAUUCAGAAUCCCGCACGACGUGGCGCUGGACUUGUGGAAUGUCAGAAUGAACGUGCCGGAUGAGUUCCAAUCGUUGAACAACACGUAUACAGCAUACGUUAUUCAUGAGCAGUCGCUUUGCAUAUCCAGCUCCUUCCAGGAUGGCGGUUGUUUUGAUCCUGCACAGAUUUGGUCCUGCACUCACAGCAUUCCAGUUUCCUUCAGGAAACCAGACCCAAUGGCAGGUUUGCGUGUUGCCAUGUGGUUGAGUUUCUCAAAGUCAGGAAGCUUGACAAUUAGCAGAGGAUCCCGACCAAGCCUUCGGUCCGGUCGCUGGCUCCUUUUUGUGACCUGCAACUGGCGCCACAGGAACACACCCUGCGGAGAGGCCAAGAUUGACGUUGCGCUCUCUGGGGGAUACCACCAAAGGCGACAGCUUUGGAUUGGCGCUGCAAUAAUGAUAUUUGGUCCGGCUUUGGUUUUGUCUUGCGUGAAUGCAAUGUGUUUUUUGGCCUACGAGGUUCUUUAUCGCCUCAACUCCAACGCGGCAUCCCGCGAAACUAGAUGCAGAAGUCACUUGUGGCCAGUUUUCUUGCCAUCGCCCGGCAGGGAGCACUGGGACUUGGUCUGCGAAAAGAUAGCUUCAAUGCCACGUCCGGUGCCCUUCUUUCCUGGCCUUUUAGCCCUGAUGAUUGGCGUAUUCCUGGCCACCGCUGCUCAGUUUGUCAUUACACAUUAUGGCCUGAUGGUGCGCACAGGCAACCGGGACAUAUGCUUCUACAACGAAAAGUGUUUCUCCCCUGGCCUCGUUUGGGAUGUGCCGUGGAAUAACAUGCUCUCGAACGUGGCAUACUUUGUGGCCGGCGCGCACACCAUGAUGCAGGCUUUCUUUGCGGAAGUGCGGUGUCGCCAGUUUCUGCAGCGGACCUUUGCCGUAAUGUUCAAAGAUCUAGUCUCUGACUCGGAGAAAGGCCUCAAGAUAGAGCAGUGGCAUGAAAUCUUUGACAGUGUCGACUCCAAUCGGAAUGGACGCCUUUCCAGAGGGGAGUGGCACGCACACUAUGGAAAUAUUCUUGCCUUUGACUUUAUUGAUAGAAAUGACGAUGGUGAACUUUCUCGCGAAGAGUGGUCCAGAGCCUUUGAUAGACUAGAUACGGCAGGUGAUGGCCACUUAACACCAGCUGAAUUUCGGACAGCAGCCGAUAUUGACCUUAGAUCUUUCUACGCGGUGGCCAUUACCUUUUGGGCUGAGGGCAUUGGAAGCAUGUGUUAUCAUCUCUGUCCAUCUGUUGAGACUUUUCAGUUCGACACCUGCUUCAUGAUCCCGAUAGCAAACUUGCUGACCAUCGCACUUCUGGACUGGAGAGAGGGAGAAAAGAGCCGCGAUGGGGCUACGGCCCUGCGAUAUUUCGUCUAUGUUCUGACGCCUAUUUGGGUGAUAAACUUCAUUGGCACCUGGUACGAUAUAGAUGUGUUUGACUGCACCUGGCUCUAUUGGAUAUAUGCUGUGGCAGUGGUCGCACCCCGGCCUCAAACCUGCCAGCUAGUUCAUCAAUUGCCGUUCCGAUCUAAUGCCUGGGCAGCGGCGGCGGUGGCUAACAUGAACCGCCUCUUUGCAAAGCCGAAGUGGCUGGACGAUCGAGCCAGCACCGUGCAGCCCAUGGGCGCAUACGGCAAAUGCGUCAUGAGGGUGAUGCAGGUUCUUCUGGUUGUGGUGGUGGCGUCGGCUUUCGCAGAACCAGCUGUGCGUCUAGACAUCGGAGGAACAGCUAACACUUUCCUGCUACUCUCCAUCGUCUUGAUGAUUGUCGUGGUGAGUCGCCAGAUCUACUGGCUGGACCUUUCCUUCAUCACCUGCAAGGUGAGAGAGAUUGGCGCACGCAUCAUCAAGUACUGCUACCUUCUGGUCAUGAUCUCCGUUGCUGUGGUGUCUCUUCAUUGCUUCAAUGAGAAGGUUGUCAUAGUAACGCCGGAUGCCACGCCCGCUGAGAGCCAUGACGCCAACCAAGAUUGCCUAUUCAGCGUCUUUGACAUGCAUGACCUAUGGCACGCCCUGUCGGCAGUAGCAUUGGCUCUUUUCGCUAUGCUGCUUCUGGACAUUCGCGUGCACUCAUGGGCUCGACAAUCCCGCGUUCAGAUCCUUUUCGAGGAGAAAAUGGUUCCCUGCUGCGGGUCGGACUCUGACGAAUCUCCUGACCACAGCGCCAUCGAGUCGCCAUCGUCGCCAUCUGACCUGAGCGACCUCGAGUUGCCAAGUGAUGCGCGCUCAGUGAGGGCCAGUACAAGCCUUUAG